GUAACCACACAUUUCAAAACUCUCUCACCUGCUGAGUCUGCGAGGCCAAGCCACACAGGGAAGGAGAAAGAGAGUUGAUGGAGGUGACAUCAGGAGAGGGCAAGAGCAACGGCAACUGCAUCAACAAGUCUACACAUGAACGGCGAGUAGGCUUAAUUUACGAUCAGAGAAUGUGUAAGCAUCGAACUCCUUAUGGUGAUGAUCAUCCCGAGAAACCUGAUCGAAUCACCGUUAUUUGGAAUCGGCUCGAACUCGCCGGCAUUCCCCAAAGAUGUGUGGUUUUAAAUGCUAAAGAAGCCGAGGAUAAAUACCUUUGCGGUGUUCACUCCAAAAACCAUGUUAAUCUGAUUCGUAAUAUAAGCUCUAAACAGUAUGAUUCAAGGCGAAAUCGGAUUGCAUCCAAGUUAAAUUCUAUUUAUUUAAAUGAAGGAUCAUCUGAGUCUGCUUACCUCGCUGCCGGCUCUGUCAUUGAGGUUGCUGAGAGAGUGGCAAGAGGGGAAUUGAAUUCUGCUUUCGCUAUUGUUAGGCCGCCUGGACAUCAUGCUGAAUAUGAUGAAGCGAUGGGAUUUUGUUUAUUCAACAACGUAGCUAUAGCAGCUAGUUUUCUACUUGAUCAAAGGCCUGAACUUGGUAUAAACAAGAUUUUGAUAGUUGAUUGGGAUGUUCAUCAUGGUAAUGGUACGCAAAAAACUUUCUGGAAGGAUCCUCGUGUUCUGUUCUUCUCUGUUCACAGGCAUGAGUUUGGGAGUUUCUACCCUGCUAAUGAUGAUGGGUUUUACACUAUGGUUGGAGAAGGACCAGGUGCCGGAUAUAAUAUAAAUGUUCCUUGGGAGAAUGGCCGGUGUGGGGAUGCUGACUAUCUUGCAGUUUGGGACCAUAUUUUAGUUCCUGUUGCCAAGGAAUUCAAUCCUGACAUAAUUCUAAUAUCUGCAGGAUUUGAUGCAGCUGUUGGUGAUCCUCUAGGGGGAUGUCGGGUAACACCAUAUGGAUAUUCGGUUUUGCUGAAGAAGUUGAUGGAUUUUGCUCAAGGGAGGAUUGUUUUGGCACUAGAAGGAGGAUACAAUCUUGAUUCUAUUGCAAAUUCAGCCUUGGCUUGCAUGGAAGUUUUGCUAGAAUACAAACCUAUUUCUGAAUCAACUGAGGCAUAUCCAUUUGAGUCUACCUGGCGAGUAAUACAAGAGGUUCGUAAAAAGUUGAGUGCAUUUUGGCCAACACUUACAGAUGAACUGCCAACAACAUUGACCAAUCAAAAAGCUCCUCCUCAUGUUUUACUGUCAAGCUCUGAAUCUGAAGAUGAGGUUGAUGAAGCUUCGGAAAUCAUAUCAAAAGACCUAGUUCAAGCUAUUGAGGAUGUUGUAGAACCCCUUUUAAAGUUGAGGAUUGAAGAUUAUCAUGGUCAAGUAACUAGUGCCUCGUGGAGAUCAAAGCUAUCCAAGACAGACAUCUGGUAUGCCAGUUUCGGAACAAAUAUGUGGAAGUCGAAGUUCUUCUGCUAUAUUGAAGGCGGACAGGUCAUAGGUAUGAAAAAGCCUUGUUCUGGUUCAAUGGAUAGAAACCCUCCAAAGGAGACUCGUUGGAAAACAUUUCCGCAUCGUCUUUUCUUUGGUCGUGAUUUUACACAAACUUGGGGUCCCGGAGGGGUUGCUUUCCUCGAUCCUCUAAGCAACAAUGAAGAAAAAGCAUACAUGUGCCUCUAUAAAAUUACGUUAGAGCAGUUCAAUGAUGUUUUGCUGCAGGAAAAUUUUCCAGAUAAUGAUAUGAAUUCUCCUUUAUUCGAUCUAAUUGCGUUGGACUCAAUCCCGUAUGAAGAAUCACAUAUUGUGGAGGCUGUCAAGAGGGGAUGGUACCAUAAUGUUGUUUACCUCGGAAAGGAAGAUGAUAUACCUGUACUGACUAUGACGUGUCCACACUCUGCAAUUGAAAGCUUUAAGUCCGGAGAGAUUCCUUUACAUGCUCCUAGUAAAGAUUAUGCCGACACCUUGAUAAGAGGCCUCGUCGAAGGCAAGCAACUAUCGGAAGAGGAGGCGACAACUUACAUUCAGGUAGCAUCUACAAAGCCCUUAUGAUUGCUGAUUGCAACUCCUUGUUGGCAUAUUUUAGAUGCUAAUUUCUGAAGUAUUUAGCCAUUAACGGUACAGAAUUAAGGAAUUCUUGUUGCUCGAACAGUUGACAAUAUAUGAUAUUUGAUAGGGUAAAUUCUUGAUGUUAUGUGGGCUUUGUCCAUUUUGUGUAUUUGGUUAGUAUUCAAGGGGAUGUAUAACUUAACAAAUCUUUAAUCCUGUGUUGACCUAUGUUACCUAAUU